UCCCCGCUCCCCUACUCCCGUUCUCUUGUCGUUCUCGUGUCGCAUCUCGAUCUAGGGUUUGAGAUGUCGUACGACGAGGUGGAGAUCGAGGACAUGGAGUGGAGCGAGGAGCUCAAGGCGUACACCUACCCCUGCCCCUGUGGUGACCUCUUCCAGAUCACCAUGGACGACCUCCGCGCCGGGGAGGAGAUCGCCCGGUGCCCCUCUUGCUCCCUCUUCAUCACCGUCGUCUACAACCCCGAGGACUUCGCGGAUAAGCCCCAGAAGAAGACGAAUCCUCAGCCAAUCGCCGUCGCCUGAGGCGAUCAGUUUGUGUAUGCAGUCUAAAUUGCUGUAUGGGUUUGCCAGCACGUUGGAAGGAGAUUCUUCGUCCGGCGGACACACAACAUUUUGAAGUAUUUAAUCUCAAAUCCAUCGCAUUCUUUCUAGCUCAUUGCUUUCCGAGGUAAGUGAUGAUUUGAGCGGAGGGUUGAAAUCAAUUUUUGCUUCGUUGGAGAUACGGCAAUGGCGAUCUCUACAAUGGUUCUCGACUUGGCCUAUGAGAUCUGAAUACUUGGUACGUCUAUUGUUGUCUCUACCUGUUUCUUUUUAUUAUUUUUAUUAUAGAGAGGAUUGUAUAAAAGAGAAGGGAGGGUUAUUGGAUAUGUGUACCUAAUCGGCUAUUUCUACACUUGGAACGCAGUUUCUCGGCAGUUUAUUUUUUAAAAAAUUUUCUUUUUUAUAA